AUGAAUAGUUAAAUUAAACAUUAACUUUAAAUUCAAUUAUAAUCAAAUUAAGAUCAUUAAUAAUAAUUCAUCAAAUCAUAAAUAUCAUAAGUAUAAUAGCCAUAAGAAUAAUAAAUUAAAUCUUUAUCUAAUAUUAAAUCAUUUAACUAUUAGAUAAUUAAUCAUAAUUAUAUUUAAUAACAAGAAUAUUGUAAUUUAGUUGCUUUUAAUAAAGAUGGCUCAAUUUUAGCAGUUGGAUGUGACAAUUUAAUAAAUUUAUAUGAAUUCAGUCAAGGAAUGUUGAAAUACAACCAAUCCUUAAAUGAUCAUUAAGAUACAGUGAACACUUUAUAUUUUAUGAGACAAUCCAAUUAGAUUAUAUCUGGAGAUUAAAAUGGAUAUAUUUGA